AUGGCUUCCGUGUUUGCCAUCGGCGCUGGUGCCGCCGUCGCCGCUUUCCUCGGCCGUGCUGGUCUCGUCGCAUGGCGCCGCUCGCGCGGUGGUGUUGGAGCCAUGGGCAAGGCUUUUUACAAAGGUGGCUUUGAGCAAAAGAUGACCAAGAAGGAGGCUACCCUCGUCCUGUCUCUCAACGAGCGCUCUCUCACCAAGGAAAAGGUCCGCAAGGCGCACCGAACUCUCAUGCUACUCAACCAUCCCGAUCGCGGCGGUAGCCCGUACCUAGCCACCAAGGUCAACGAGGCCAAGGAACUACUCGACAAACAUGUAUGA